ACCUAUCUGACAACCUCUGCAGAUGGAUUGGAGCAGCGGUGUAUGAGAGCUCUCACUAGGUGAUGAGGCCAUCUGGCCAUGAUUCCUAGAGCCGUAUCGAUUGCGUCGUGUCGUUGAUCGCGAGAGCCCUGGCCUUUCUGCCUGCUUCGCAGGAGAUGCGCCUCCACAUAUACCACUAUAAGGCUAUAAUACUAGGCUGCCGGCAUGCCGUAACAGAUUCAUAGGGACCAUCAGUGAUCAAUCCAUCACCCACCACGUCAUCCAAGCCCGCCAUGGGCUCCAACUCGCGCCCGCACGCGGUGUUCAUCCCGUACCCGGCGCAGGGCCAUGUCACGCCGCUGCUGCAGCUCGCCAAGGUGCUGCACGCCAGGGGCUUCUUCAUCACCUACGUCAACUCCGAGUACAACCGCCGCCGCCUGCUCCGGUCCCGGGGCGCGGACGCCCUGGCGGGCCUCGACGACUUCCGGUUCGAGGCCAUCCCGGACGGCCUGCCGCCGUCCGACAACGACGACGUCACGCAGAGCAUCCCCGCGCUCUGCGAGUCCCUGUCCCGGAACGCCGCCGCGCCGUUCGGGGACCUCCUGGCCAGGCUCAACAGCGCCCCGGGCCGGCCGCCGGUCACCUGCGUCGUGCUGGACAACUUCAUGAGCUUCGCGCAGAGGGUGGCCAACGGGAUGGGCAUCCUGGCGCUCGUGUUCUGUACCAUGAGCGCCUGUGGCUUCAUGGGGUACCUCCACUUCAAGGAGCUCAUGGACAGAGGCUACGUGCCACUCAAAGAUGAGAGCUACCUGACCAACGGGUACCUGGACACGGUGCUGGACUGGGUGCCCGGGAUGCCGGGCAUCCGUCUGCGAGACAUCCCUAGCUUCAUCCGCACGACGGACCCGGACGAGUUCAUGGUCCACUUCGACAGCAGAGAGGCGCAGAACACCCACCACGCGCAGGGGAUCAUCAUCAACACGUUCGACGCGUUGGAGCAGGACGUCGUGGACGCGCUGCGCCGCAUCUUCCCGCGCGUGUACACCAUCGGCCCGCUCGUCACGUUCGUCAAGAACUUGGCCGCCCACCCCGACGCCGCCGCGAUCGGCGGCAACCUCUGGAAGGAGGACGCGAACUGCCUCCGCUGGCUGGACACCCAGCGGCUGGGAUCCGUCGUGUACGUCAACUUCGGCAGCAUCACGGUCAUGACGCCGGUCCAGCUCGCCGAGUUCGCGUGGGGUCUGGCGAGCUGCGGCCGGCCGUUCCUGUGGGUGAUCCGGCCGGACCUCGUCACCGGCGAGAAGGCCGUGCUGCCGGAAGAGUUCUUCGCUGAGACGAGAGAGAGGGGGCUCUUCCUGAGCUGGUGCCCGCAGGAAGAGGUCCUGUCGCACCCGUCGACCGGGCUGUUCCUGACGCACUCAGGGUGGAACUCGACGCUGGAGAGCAUAUGCGCCGGCGUGCCGAUGAUCUGCUGGCCCUUCUUCGCCGAGCAGAUGACCAACUGCCGAUACGCCUGCACCAAGUGGGACAUCGGGCUGGAGAUUGACAACAAUGUCACGAGGGAGGAGGUGGCGCGGCUCAUAAAAGAAGCCAUGGAUGGCGAGAAAGGCAAAGACAUGAACGCGAAAGCAGCUAUGUGGAAGGAGAAUGCCGUGGCGGCAACGGAGGAAGGCGGGACCUCCAGCGUUAACAUUGACCGUUUGGUCGGAUUCAUGCUUGAAGGAAGUGUUCCUACAACUGCAACCUGAUUAUCUGAACAGUGUUGUUGAAUCAGUUACAGACUUGCAGUGGACUAUGUACAUGCCUAUGAAAACCAAAGUGAUUACCAGUAAAUUUCCCCUGGACCACACCUGUUGUAAUAUGCAAGUACUACAAGUGUUCCAUUCAGGAUAGGACUAAACUGUUGUAUUAUGAGUGCCGCGUUUGUUUCCACAGUAGAAAACAUGGCGGCAUAUGGACAUUGUUUAUUUUCAGAAUGAAAGCGCAUGUUUUCUUGUCA